AUGUACAGAAUAGAUGUUUCAGAUUUUUAUGACUUCCAAACAUUCAGAAAUAUGUGUCCAUUUCGAGACUAUAACAAAGCAGUCGAGAAUUUGAAACGUUUAGUCAUUUAUGUUGACUCUGCCCCAGAAUGUUAUGUCAUGAAAGAAUGGGAUGUAGUCUUUAACAAACCAAGAGCAACAAUAGUUUCAGAACAAGAAUGUAGACAGAAACUUAAGAAAAUAAAAGUCGUACAAGUUGGCAUGAAGAUGUUAGAUGCUUGGGAUAUCUUAUUGUCAAAGUUAGAAGAUUUUUCAGUUCGUGGUAUAAAGUUUUAUACACCUUCUCCAAACUUCUAUUCUAUCUUCACUGGAUAUAAAUAUGAACAAGUAGAAUGGAAAGAAAAUAUUAUAGAAGCUUGGUUAGACCAUGUCAAAGAAAUUAUAUGCAAUGGAAACGAAAAGGUUUAUGAGUAUAUCUUAUGUUGGUUUGCAAACAUCUUACAACAUCCAAGUGCUAAGAAUGAAACUGCUCUCAUUAUAAUUGGAAAACAAGGAACAGGUAAGAACACAUUCUUUACAGAUAUUUUGUGCAAACUGUUAGAAGGUUAUUCGAAUCCGAAUAUGA